CAUUCGUGAAAUUCGCGGACUCUAGGAUGACUAACGUUUAUGAAAUUAUUUACUGUUUCCUUGGAAUUACACGUAAAGUGCCAUAUGAUCAUAUGUUUUUACAGAAAAAUUUUAAUCGAAGAAAUAAAAAAAUUCCGAGUUAGACACUUGUAUAUAUAAUUUGGAUCGGAUAUUUUCUGUGUAAAUUGUUUCAGGAUUUUGUUUCUCUCCAAUAAUCAUCUUUACAACGAUGAAUUCUAUAGAAAAGAAACGGUGCCCUUUUAUGGAGAAAUGUUACCGGAAAAAUCCGAUCCACUUUGGUGAAAUGUCACAUCCUCAUUUGGAGGAAUUACUGGUAGAUCAGCUGGAUGGUACAAUAGAAAUACCUGAAGUGCUAAGUUUUGUAUGUAAUGAUCGCUCGCAACUGCUGGAUCAAUUAAAAGUAUUGCAAAUGGUGCUUAGAAAGGAGAGAGACAAAAACGGAGUCAAUCAGUUGCCUGUGACUGCUAGUUCAUCUUCAAAAACACAAAUUUCAUCUAUUACUAAAGGGAGUUCAUUGUUGGAUGCUAAAGAAGGUUUGAAAGAAAAAGUAGAGAGGCAUAAGAAAGCAAUAUUACAGAAGAGGCAAGAUAAACUUAAGCAAAUGGACUCUGUAACUGAGGCACUUUCCAAAGGCGGUUUGUCCAGUAAAGAACGUGCGAACUCCAAAAGCAUCAAGGCAAAAAAGAGAAAUCAAGAAGCAGCGAUAGCUGGCUCUUCUGUAACAAAAAAGAUGAGACAGAUGAGCAUAGAAAGCAGCAAUCGCACUGAGGAUAGUCAGCAGAAUAUGAGUGAUCGUCAAAGUAGUUCUACAAGCAGUGAGCAAAGUUCAGGGGCAUCUAUCAUGAAUAUGUAUGAUUCUUGUGAUUCUGAAAAAUCAAGAAAGGAAGUUAGAAAGAGAGCUAUUCAAAUGAUGAGACGAUCUGGUUAUGUCGUAUCUGUUGUGGAACCAGGAGAGUUUGCGAUAAAAUAUGCAUUUUCAGCACCUUAUCAUUUAUUCUUCACAAGAGUCGAAAAUUCGAAAGAGACUUAUAAUCAACAGUUCUCCAUCACUUUCCCUGAGAUACUCGACCGUAGUCUUGGGGAAAUUGUUAACAGUCUUCAUUUAAAUUUUAUGGUAGAUGUCGGAUGGCUCUGUUUGCAAUACCUGUUGGCUGGCCAACGUACAGACAUGUUGAUUCUGUAUGGUGAUAGAGUAGAUCGUGAGAAAUUGAAUAGUAACAUUACCAUGAUAGAAGUAGAUAUGCCAAGCAGAUUUGGCUGUCAUCAUACGAAGAUCAUGAUUCUGCAAUAUAAAGAUAAUGGAAUUAGAGUGAUUGUUUCUACUGCUAAUUUAUAUUCUGAUGACUGGGAGAACAGGACACAAGGAUUAUGGAUCUCGCCUCACCUGCCUUUACUAUCAGAAUCCGCGAAUCCCAGUGAUGGGGAAUCUCCAACGGGUUUCAAAAGGGAUCUUGAACGAUACCUGAGUAAAUAUAGACACCCGGCUUUGACGCAGUGGAUAUGGGCAGUACGGAAAGCGAAUUUUUCUGAAGUAAAUGUAUUUCUUCUCGCUUCGGUUCCUGGGACUCAUAAAGAUAACGAAGCCGAUUUUUGGGGGCACAGAAAAUUGGCGCACGUUCUAUCGCGUCAUGCUACAUUGCCGCCAGAUGCUCCUCAAUGGCCUAUAGUUGCGCAAAGUUCCAGUAUAGGCAGUCUCGGUCCAAAUUUCGAAAGUUGGUUGUCGAAAGAUAUAAUUCCAUGCAUGUCAAGGGAGACUACUAAAGGCCUAAAGAGUCACCCGCAUUUUCAGUUCAUUUAUCCGUCUAUACAAAAUUACAAGCAGAGCUUUGAUUUUCGAAAUUUGUCAUGCUGCCUGCCUUAUAGUGUACAAGUGCAUUCUAAGCAAAAAUGGAUAGAAUCAUAUUUAUAUCAAUGGAAAGCUAAGCGAACAGGACGAGAUCGUGCGAUGCCUCAUAUUAAAUCCUAUACAAGAAUUUCGCCCGAUAUGAAAAGUAUUCCCUGGUUUGUGCUCACUAGCGCGAAUUUGAGUAAAGCUGCUUGGGGAGUUCAACGAAACAAUCAUUACAUAAUGAGUUAUGAAGCUGGCGUUAUAUUUAUACCGAAGUUUAUUACUGGGACAACGACGUUUCCCAUUGAGGACGAAGAAGAUCCAGCCGUUCCAGUAUUUCCGAUUCCAUACGAUCUUCCAUUGUGCCGAUAUGAAUCGAGCGACAGUCCUUUUGUCAGCGAAUUUCUCAGUUCUCUGGGCAGAAUAAUUCCCGGACAUUCUGUGUAUUGUGACUAAGAAAACUAUUCAUCAUUAUUAAAAAUCCGACAUAUUAUUUAUAUUUAUAUAUUGUUUUCGUAUAA